AUGUUUUGUUGGUAUUCGCGCGAAAGCAAACAAUGUUUGGAUAAACAAACUGGUGUGUUUGAAUUCUGUGGAGGACUAAUUUUUUUAAAAGAUGGUGCUAAAGUACCGCUAGAAUCCAUUCUAAGCGAAAGCGUUUCUGCUGACUUAUCCGAAAAAGAUAAACAAUAUGGAGUAGCAGAAAGUCUUAACGAUGAGCCAAAACCCGGCCAGAGAGAAAAGAGAUUCUACAACUACUUCGAUUAUAGCAACGAUUUUAUUAAUCCACAAUAUCCAACACCGUUCCGUCAAAGUAUCAGCAAAAGGCACCCAGCCCAGAGCUUUGGAAAUUUUGGAACGCAAGAUCCCUUUGAUUUAAUACUGAGUAAACUAGACCAGAUCGCCAGCGCUACUAUAGAUCGCAGUUACUUGCCACCGCCACCCGUUCCAGUACCUUACCCAACCUUUGUACCGUUCAUAUAUGUUCCGAAAGUGACUUGUGAGUGUGGAUCCGGUAACCAAGCAACGAAUGACAAGCCAACUCCAAUGAACGAUAAAACCCCAAACAAGAAACCAAUGGAUAACACGAAACGCCCAGGCACCAACAAAACUGUGCCAGAUUUUCCCGACAGGGUUUUUGAUGUUGAUGAUAUGCCAGAUGGAAACGAUGGCGAGGACUACAAAGAUGAUGGUGAGAGGGAAAUCUCGUUCAAACCAGUUAAGCUAGAUGGACCCUUAAGUCGACCGGUACCACCGUUGGAACAUGGUAGCGUACAAGCUGGGCUGGAACCUGAAAAGCCAUUGGCAGCACCAGCCGGCUAUCCGACAGAAGAAGAAAAAGUGGUCGCGCCGGAACCUCCGACCGUCUGUGAAAGGGCGGCAAUUUCUUGUUGUCACCAACCCAGAGUGAACUUCACGUGUUUCAGACUACAGGGGUGCAGUGAUUCAGAGUUUUACAGAAAUGCUUGUUUGCCACAGAAUAUGUUGCCAGCUUUGAAAAAGCUUGAAAACGAAUAUAGGAAAAGAAUUGGCAGUUAA